AUGGCUGAAAGGACGGCACCUUCUUCGUCGACAACGUCUUCGGCGGUCCAGUCUCUCACCAGCGCCAGCACGCUGGAUUCCCCUACUGAGUCAUCAGCGCGGAGGGCGCUGCGGGAUAGUGUGUUUGAGUCGGCGACAUGGCGCGAACCUGACGGCGAGAGCCCCGAAGAACUACAACGAAAAGACNCCCUCGGCACCCAGAUCUGGAAGCUGUAUUCCAAGACCAAAAACACCCUGCCCAACUCUGAGCGCAUGGAAAACUUGACCUGGCGAAUGAUGUCGAUGAACCUGAGGCGCGCCCAGCAGCAGAGCGGCAUUGCACAGUUGCGACAGUCGGCAGAGGCCCAGUCGCACUCGCAGUCGCACUCGCAGUCGCACUCGCAGUCGCACUCGCAGUCGCACUCGCAGUCGCACUCGCAGCCGCACUUCCCCAUCCCAGCCCACGAUCACAUGAAUCUGGACGACUUUAUUGUUCCCUCGUCCAUCGCAUCCCCCAUCAGCCAGCCCUCACCGCCUGCCUCGUUGGACCCAUCGACCACGUCCGACUCCAAGGCCACCCCGACAGGCAUUCCCAUCCGCCGCCAUCAGCAGCUGCAGGACGAGGCCCAGGACGACUUCAUCGCGCGUGCCUCGGCCNCCUCGGUCGCUCCCACGGCCAUCAACAAGACGACCGACGAGUUUGGCUACAUCCAACGCCAUGUGCGCAAGACUAGUAUUGACGAACGCAGGGUAAUGUCUCUCUUCUCUACUGACCACCUUGACCGCAUCGCUGACUCGUAUAGCNCACCCAAGCGACGUGCCGACUGCUCACCCCAAGUUCCUCCCGUCACCACUGGCAUGCCCAAUGAUGCUCUCCUCAACAACUACUCGCUCGACUCCACCGCCUUCAACCCCACCAACACGCAAGCUCAAGUGCCCUUUGGCCUCGACACUUUUGCCUUCGACACAGGUGCCAACUCGGCCCACAACGACCCGCUGCUGACAUCGGCCGGCCCUUUUCAGACCAACUUCAACUUCUCCCCUGUCGGUUCACCCAUGAUGAACACGCCCUAUACCAACAUGUUCAACCAGUCCAUCAUGUCCAACAACUACUGCUCGCCGCCACAGUCGUCCUACCACUCCCGUGUCUCGACUCCCCAGCCUAUUCCCGAGCACGAGCCUGUCUUCUUCAAUACCUCUAGCAGUGUUGACCUGAGGCACCACGCCCACAUGAGCAGCUACACUAGCCAGCAGCCUACCCCCGUCGCCAGCAUGCAGCCUCAGUACAUCUUCAGUCCCAACAACGACAACAUGUUUAGUCAAAUUUCGGCCCCCGAUCCGUCGACUUCUUUCACCCAACCCUCGUCAUUCUCUAUGUCGGGACACGUUGAUCCAACCGAGGUCUUGUCGACAGCAAUGUCCUUGCCGCGAGGUGACAACAUGUUUACCUUCGGUGCUGACUCUGACAACGAAGACGAUGAAGCCGGCUUUGGCGACCGCAACAACUUCAUCAUGCAGACCGACUUUUCACCUAUGGAAGACCCUUCAAUGGGCGAAUACCAAUGGGAGAGCGGUCUCGCAUCAGGCCAGUACAACUCGCUGCCCGCUCGCUAUGCCGGACCACCAGCUCGCAAGGGCGUCACCAUUGGUCACACCGAGAUGAUUCCCUCACCACAGGACUGGGGCGUGGGCAGCUUGGGACGCACACACGGUUCAGCUGCCUCUGUCAGUGAGAUCCGCAACCGUGGUAAUGACCCUCGUCUUAAGAAGAUUCCUCGCACCAGUUCAACCCCAAACGCGGCGGCUAUGGCUGCCCAGCAUGGUGUUUUCUCUGCCCGCCCACAAUCUUNNUCGCCCUCGUCGCCGCCCGAGUCGUCAACUGGCUUUAGCUCGGUUGCGCCUUCUCGGCCCGGGAGUCCCAAGCCUGGUGACAACGGCUUACCUACAACAUGCACAAACUGUUUCACUCAGACCACUCCUUUGUGGCGCCGUAACCCUGAGGGACACCCAUUGUGUAACGCAUGCGGCCUGUUCCUCAAGCUCCACGGCGUUGUACGUCCGCUAUCUCUGAAGACAGAUGUCAUCAAAAAGCGCAACCGAGGCGGAGCUGGUUCUGCAACCAUCGGACCUUCUUCCAGCCGGUCCAAGAAAGUUGCUAGCAGGAAGAAUUCGGUUGCUCAGACUCCCGCGACCACUCCCAAGCCUACAUACGAUGCCGAUUCUCCCAGUACAGCUGCUGGUUCCUCUAUCACCGCAAACACUCCUACCACUCAAAACAACCCCGUCAUUGCGCCCAAGACUACUGUGGUGCCCAUUGCGCCUGGUCCACCCAAGCCACAAAUGCCAGCCACAGGCCCUGCUCCUACACGAAUGGUUGCACCCAAACGUCAGCGCAAGCAGAGCAAAGUCGGUAGCUCUCCCCAAGAGAUCGAGAUGGGUGAGGCGGACGAUAUCNAGUACGGGCAACAAGCCAAAGGAACUUACUCAGGCACCACCACCCGCUUUCUCAUCCAGUCAACAGCCAACCAUGAUAAUGAACAACGGCCCACCUNNGCAUCAAUGGCUAGCACUCCUUCUGGCAUGCCCGCCGGUCCACAGGAAUGGGAAUGGCUCACUAUGAGCUUGUAA